AUGAUAAGCCAAUUACCAGAUCAUUUGAUAUGUCAGAUUCUUUACCAUCUUCCCACAGAGAACGCUGUUAGGACAAGCCUUUUAUCCACAAGAUGGACAAGUCUUUGGAAAUCGGUUCCUGGAUUAGACUUAGACUCGUGCAGAUUCUCCAAUUUCAAAGCCUUAGCGAGUGUCUCUGACAGGUUUUUUGAUUUCCAGAGGGAGUCACGGAUACAUAAAUUCCGGUUAAUGAUUCAUACUCUUGAUUAUGUUAGUGAAGCCCACUGUGUCACCCUCUGGAUCGAUGCUGCUUUAACAAGUUAUAGUGUUCAACAUCUUGAAGUUCGUUUUCAAUACAACUACCAGACUGAGAGAGUAGAGAUGCCACUGAGCUUGUAUAUCUGUGAGAGAUUAGUACACUUACGGCUCUAUGGUGCCAAGUUGUUUAAUGCCGAGUUUGUUUCUUUACCUUGUCUGAAGAUCAUGCAACUAGAACAUGUUUCAUGUCCCAACGAGGCCACUUUGGAGAAGCUAAUCUCAAGCUCUCCAGUUUUGGAAGACUUAAAGUUACUCAGGAUCAGAUGUAAUGAUAAUUAUAUGUUAUCUGAUAAUGCAGAGGUUUUACAAGUGCGCUCUAAGACGGUAAAGAGAAUCGACAUAAAUCAGUGUGGGCAAGUUGUGAUUGAUAAUGCUCCUCUACUCCAGUUUUUGAGGAUUCAUUUGAGCAAGAGCUUUAGGAUCCUGUGUUCAGGUUUCUCUGCAAAAGUAGAUCUUAAUAUUAGCUAUUUUGAUCCAUUUGAUCCAUGUGACUUACCUGGAAGAAGCGUGAUUCAUGAUAUCUUGACUGAUAUAUGGAGGGUCAGUGAUCUUGUUAUUAGUAAUCGUUCUUGUGAGGUCUGGUAUUGUUACUUUGACAUGAUGUAUUCGGAGGAGAGGGAUCAAAUCAGUUAUUCAUCUGUGCCCGAGUGUUUGAAAUCGUCGCUGGAGUUUGUUGAUAUCAAAACAAGGAUCUCGGAAGAUGCUACAGAAAUGAAGCUAGUGAGGUACUUCCUAGAUAAUUCGGCAAUACUCAAGAAACUCACUCUACGAUUGCAUUCUCAUCCAAAAAAAGAUGACAUCUUCAAGGAACUCCUCGGAAUACCAAAACGCUCCAUCACAUGUCAAGUCGUCGUUGUUUGA